UCAGAAAUCGCUGAACAAAGUGGAAAAUUUUUAACAUUUUCCUGGUAUUUACCGUGCGAUAAGAACAAUCUGCACUACUGUCGUCCUAGUCGUUGGGGAAGUAGGCCUUCUACCUAUUCCUUUCCAAUCAACCAACUCACCCAAGAAAGAACAGCAACCUGCGGCCGAGAUCCGGGAACCACUGCUUCAGCAUCUCGGCAAGCUCUACUGCAAUUAAGGGAACAAACAGAUAGCACCUAAUCGAUCCAAGUCGCAUCGGGAUCGUCCGUCCGAGACACACAAAAUUGAGACAUGUGGUCUUAGUAACCGGUCCCUAAAGAGCGGAGGAAUGUUGUGGACUUGAUUGUGUUUCGCUGCCCCCAAACCACGGAACGGAAUCAUGGAUAAACUUACCACUAUCAGUGCUGUCCUGUUCAUGGCAGCCGAUGUGUGUGCGAUUGUGAGCCUGGCCAUGCCCGACUGGAUCGUCACUAGUGUAGGAGGUGAAACACGAUUGGGAUUGAUGUGGACCUGCAUGACACUACACAAUCGGCCACAGGUUUGCUUCACGCCGGAGCUGCAACCGGAGUGGCUGAUCGCGCUGAUCUGCAUCUUCGUGGGCUGUAUCUGCAUCACAACCACCAUCAUCUUGCUGGCAUCGAGCAACUGGGAUCGAAAUGUGAUUCCCUACGCUCGGUGGGUCGGAUUCACGGCAAUGGUGCUGUUCUGCCUGGCAGCGGUCAUUUUCCCCCUCGGCUUUCAUAUCGAUGAAAUCGGUGGCCAACCAUAUCAUCUACCGCACUCGCAUCAGGUGGGAAUCUCAUAUAUUAUGUUCGUCCUGGCCCUGUGGAUCACGGUCGUUUCGGAGCUGUUCGCGGAGAAGGUCUGUCUACCACAGUUCUAAGCUGGCCACCCAAAAGGGAGGUGGCCCAUGAAUGCAUACCAGUAUUUACUAGCAAAUGUACUCUAAUCGAUGGAAUCAACUGAACAAAAAUCUUAACUUCUCUUCCUAAGCGAUGGAAUUGAAUCCUGUACAGACUAUAUUAGUGUCAACCAAAAAUGCGGUAACUGUAGUACUUCUAGAGUACGUAGAACUGUAAGCUUCGCAUUGUCGUGCGUGUUUAAGUAAGAAUAAUAAAUCCUGUUUUGUGAUAUUUCC